GCUCCCGCUCCGCCCUCCGCGGGCGGCCCCCGGACGGGGCGGUGCCGCCAGAGCCGCGCUGCGGAGCCGGGGCCGGGGCUGAGGCUGGGACCGGGAGCGGGACAGCGGCGGAGAGAGGUUGUCGGGUUGUCCAGGCUCAUCUCCUAACUUGCUGUUUACCCUGGAGAAGCUCUUGACAUGAAAACGAUGGCAGCCAUCAGGAAGAAGCUGGUGAUCGUGGGGGACGGUGCCUGCGGGAAGACGUGCCUGCUGAUCGUCUUCAGCAAGGACCAGUUCCCCGAGGUCUACGUGCCCACCGUGUUUGAGAACUACAUUGCUGACAUCGAGGUAGAUGGGAAGCAGGUGGAGCUGGCCCUGUGGGACACAGCAGGGCAGGAGGACUACGACCGGCUGCGGCCCCUCUCCUACCCAGACACGGAUGUUAUCCUCAUGUGCUUCUCCAUUGACAGCCCAGACAGCCUCGAGAACAUCCCUGAGAAGUGGACACCAGAGGUGAAGCACUUCUGCCCCAACGUGCCCAUCAUCCUGGUGGGCAACAAGAAGGACCUGCGGAACGACGAGCACACGCGGCGGGAGCUGGCCAAGAUGAAGCAGGAGCCCGUGAAGCCGGAGGAAGGGCGGGACAUGGCCAACAGGAUCAAUGCCUUCGGCUACCUGGAGUGCUCGGCCAAGACGAAGGAGGGGGUGCGGGAGGUCUUCGAGAUGGCCACCCGCGCGGGGCUGCAGGUGCGGAAGAACAAGCGGCGCAGGGGCUGCCCCCUGCUCUGAGCAGCCCGGGGCCAGCAGGCAGCUGCCAGCGCUGGCGGCCGGCCGAAGUGGGACCUGGUGGUGCCAGUACCUGCCCCCAACCUUCUGCACGAGAGCUGCCACCCCAAGCCCGUGGGGUGACCCUGUGAGGCUCCGGGACCGUGCGGGGCCAGUGCCUUCCAUACCCAUGGACAGGGCUGUCCGUAGCUCCCCUGUGUCUCCCCAUUCUGUACCAACCUCCCCGGUUGUGCCUCUGCCACGGGGAUCGCCGUGGUGUUCACUCUCCCUCCCCGGCUCCGGGCAGGUGCCACAGCGGCUGGAGGUGCCAGCGCCUGCAGCUCGCCCGUGGGGUCUGCUGUGCCCUCGGGGUGGACAGCACACACCAGCGUUUCACAGGGACGUGUCCAGGGCAGCUUUCAGCCUCAUCUGUGGGCAGAGCUGGGCUUGGCUGCUGCCAGAAGUGCUCUGCCCACGGGACUGUGCCUCUGCCCAGCUCUGCCAGUAAUGCUGCCUUCCAGUCUGCACUGGUCACGGACUUGGCACCAGUAAACUGAACUGCAUAGCUGGGAGAAUAAAUGCAAACUGGUAUUUUAGUAA